AUGUCCGAUUCAGAGCUUUCAACAGUCGAGGAUAAUCAAUUUCGAGAUAUGUUCGAACUAUUUGACCGGGAUGGAAGUGGAUCCAUCUCAACAACAGAGCUGGGCGAUUUGAUGCGUAUUCUUGGACUGAACCCGUCUAUGGCCGAGCUCGAGCAAAUGAUUUAUGAGGUAGAUUCUGAUGGAAACGGACGCAUCGAGUGGGAAGAAUUCGUGGCGCUGAUGAAGCGAAAAGCACGCGAACCGGUCAACGAAAAAGAGCUGUAUGAAGCGUUCAAAGUGUUUGAUAAAAACGGAGACGGUUUUCUGUCAGUCGAGGAGUUGUCCGAUGUGAUGCAGAACUUUGGUGAACGUCUUACUCCCCAGGAGUUGCAAGACUUACUAGCCGAGGCUGAUAUUGAUGGAGAUGGUAAAAUUAACUAUGAAGAGUUCGUUUACAUGCUACUGAAGUAG